GGCCCAGAGCAUGACUCGUCUUUCCCUUAGGCAGGCUCCGGUGGCCUCGACGCGGAAAGCCCAUCUCAGAUGGAGCGAGGGGACAGGCUGCGUGUGGGCAAGCGCAGGGAGAGGAGAGAGAGGGGAACGCCUGACGCCUGUGGCACAGGUUCUGCUGACCUCAGACCCCAGGUGUUUAUUAAAACGGAGCAGGAAGAGGAGCCAUGCACGGGGGAGCCCCCAGAGCAGAGAGAGAGAGGAAUUCUCCAUGCCCCUGGCACAGGCGCAGGCUGGCCUGACGUGAAGCAUGAGAUUGUGGUGAAAGUGGAGCCAGAUGAUGAGUCAUAUGUGGGGUAUCCCCAGGACCUGGGGGACCGAGACCUCCCCUGCUACCCCUGCACUGGUAUCAAAGCAGAGAUCAUGGUCAAAACGGAGCCUGAGGACGACUCAUAUGGCGAGUGUGCCCAGCAUUACGGUGAAGGAGACGGUCCCAACGACCCCUUCUGUGACGCAAACCCAGAGAUUAUCGUGAAAGUGGAGCCAGAUGAUGAGUCGGCCAUUGGCUAUCCCCAGGGCCUGAGCGAAGGCAGAAUUCCCGGCUACCCCAGCCCAGAUCAUAACAAGAAACAUUUGGAUGCAGUAGCAGCACAGGAAGAUUUGGCCAAGGCUUCAACAAAAAAAUCAAGUCUGCCCCCCAUGAUUGAUAGCCGAUUUACAGAAAAGGAUCUCAACGAUGUCUUUACUUUUGAAUUUGAAGAGUCCAAAUUUGGGCUUUUGGGAAAAGCCAAGAAGAAAUCGGCAACAUGCAAGGUGGAAAAGGAAGUGAAUGGAGAGCUCAAAACAUGUAGCUUCAAGACAAGUGAAGCAAGUGCCGUGAAAAGUUUCAACCUUUGGCGGCAUGUAAAACGUAACCAUCCUGAAAACUAUGCUGCUCUGGUUACAAAAAAGGAUCAGGAAGAUGAGGCAAAACAGAAAGCUGAUGUAGCUAAACGACGUUCAUCUGGCUCUUUGAAAACUCCCGGAGAAAAGAUUUUUUGCAGAGCUUCAUCCAAGAAGAAACCCAAAAUUGAGCAAACAAAACUUGCCUCAUAUUUGAAGUCCUCAAAUGUUACAGUCACCAUGGAUGCCAAUACUUUCCGUGAAGGGCUGAUGGAAAUGGUUUGCUUGAGUUCAACACCGCUCACUACCUUCGGGCUAAAGAACAAAGGAUUCCAAAAAAUUGCAGGUGAAAUGGGUCGGCAGCUUGGCGUUUCGAUGGGGCAAGAUGCGGUUCGUCAUUUAGUUGUCAGCACAGCUGAGUCUGGCCGCAAAGAGCUCAAGAAAGCUUUGGAGCAAAAAUUGUGCUACCUGAAAAUGGAUGCAGCAACCCGUGGAAACAGAAAUUUCCUUGCAAUAAAUGCUCAGUACUACGAAGAAGGCAAAGAUAAAGCUAUGGUAAAAACUUUGGACAUAAUCGACACUGAAGGGCAUCACAAUUCUUCGUACAUGAAAGCUCAAGUAAAAGCUAUUUUAGAAAAAUUUGGAAUCAGUGAAAUGCAAGUGCUGAGCAUCUGCAUUGACAAUGCAGCAAACAUGAUGUGUGCUGUCAAAAAUGUCAGCGAGGACAAUGAAACCAUUUCUACCUCUGAGAACAGGGAUGUGGACAGAACUGAAGCUAUUUUGCCUGAUGAAGGAACUAAAGGAAUUGAUGAAAUUGAACUCAACGUGGAUGCAGCUGCGCAAUGGGCUAAUGACCCUAGUCUCAUACUUCCAACAUGGCUUCAUGAGGAUGACUCAAAAGUCCAGCUGAUGAGGUGUGGUAUUCACACACUUCAGUUGGCAAUCUGGGAUGGACUGAAUAAAGAACAUGCGAAGAAAUUUCUGGCAAAAAUUCGACAAGUUGUUCUUAAACUACGAACUCCAAGUAUUCAAAGUGUUCUGCUUGAUCUGCAUGGGAUAACUCAGUCAUUGGAUACUGUGACUUGCUGGGGUUCAACAUUUGCAAUGAUUGAUCAGCUUCUUGUUUUUCAAUCUUACUGUGAUCAAGUGGCUGCUGCUGGAACAAGAGAACUCAAGUUAACAAAAGCUGAAUGGGACGAAGUGAAGAACCUGCGGGACCUCUUGGCAAAGCCAAACCAAACAACCAUGAAUCUUCAAGCUGUCGAUGUAACUCCAGGGGUUUUAAUGAAGGAAUGGCGAAAACUGUCAAAAUUCUUGCAAGAAAAUGGUGGACAAAUCGCAGAAGGAAUUUUAUCCUCCAUGCAGAAACAUGAAGAGAAGCUUUUUGACAAUAUUCAUUUCCUUGCAGGAGUUUAUGUUGACCCACGGUAUCGGAUUCUUCUUACCUCAAGGGAAAUACCAAAGGCAAAGGAAGGGCUCCUUGAUAUUGCUCGACGACUCGAAAAACAAAAUCUAUUGCUACAUUUGAACUCGGCGAAAGAGGUUGAAGAAAACAACACACAACAAAAGGAGUCAUCAACUAUCAAAUUUGUGGUUUCAGAAAGUUCACAUCUUUCAGAAAUAGGCUGUUCUCAAACUUCUGUCUCCACUCUGAACUUAUUUGAGCGUCCAUCCCUGAGACAUCUUCAACCAUCAUGGGGAAAUGGUGAUAAUUCAAGCAUCAAUUCUUCAGAAGAUGACGACUUUGAAAAGGAAUUGGAUAAACAAGAAAGACGCCGGCGAGUUUCUGCGAUUCAUAAUUGUAAUGAAGCAUUAUUUGAGAGAAACUUUCGGGAUGAUUGUGAGGCAAUGGAGUCUAUUGGUAGGCUAAAAGUUAAGUCUGUUUUUGAGGCCAUUCACAGCUACCCACACCGCAUUCAGGCUGCCUGUAGAAUUGCUUCGAGCAUGCCAACAACUCAAACUAGUGUAGAGCGACUGUUUUCAACUUUAAAGUUAAUUUUAAAUGAUUCACGGCAGACUAUGAAAGACGACUUGAUUGCUGCAAUAAUUUUUUACAGAAUGAAUUAUGAAUGAUUCUAGCUUAUAUCAUUGUUGAUAUUUAAAUUGUUUUCAAAGUCUGAAUAUAAAUAGUUUUUUUCAAAAUUACAGUAUGAACUUUUUUAUUUAGUUAAUAAUUCAUUUGAGUCAAAGCACAGAGCGAGUGGGAGCGGAGCUGGAGCAGUCACUAUUGGUGCCGGAGAGGAGAAAUUCAAAAAUUGGAUUGCUCCAAAUCCCUGAUUUGAAUCAAGGAGAGCUUGACAGAAAUCGAAAAUAAACUAAUCUAGUAAAUUAGAAAUGUGUUCACCAGUUUCUAAUAAAAAUGUAAAAAUCUGAAUAAAUGUAAAUCAAGCUUUAUAAUAACUGCUUCAAUAAAUGUGUGCAGACAUAGUGUAUCCCGGGGGUAGCAAAAAGCAGCACAAAUUUAGUGUCAAGGCCACAUUUAGUUGGAAAUCAGCACGUUACCAACCAGUGAGACUCAACCUUUCUUUAGGGAAAGGACUAAAAAGGACAGUGCAAGAGGACUAAAUUGGUGGUUUAUGCUGAGGAUUGAAAUCAAGGUUUACUAUCUGCUGAUUUCAUAGAUUGUUAGGGUUAGAAGGGACCUCAGGAGGUAUCUAGUCCAACCCCC